UUCAGUUCUGACCCGAAAGCUUGGCUUUAAUUCCGAUUUUCUGCUGCAAAUAUUGAUUUGAAAUUGAAAUAAUGCAUUUGUAAUAUCCAUCAACGUUUGCAAGAUCAAGAAGAUGACAACAGAUGCGUUAGAUGUGCCGUUAUCGGCGGAGGAGAAGAAGCUUGUUGGUGAACUGGACAGUCGUUUAUUUGGUGUGCUGAAAUUACGAAACCAAGAACAUGCUGGGAAAAAGACCCUUGUCGAAAAGGCAAUUGGUCACUUUGAGAAGGUCAUAAAAGACGCCAAUAAGCCACUGCCGGAUGAGAAGCCCCUGGUUGGUGAAGGGGUCGAAGAGAUUAAGAAAGAAGAAGAUAAGAAACCAAAGAUUGACCCAAAAGUCUUCUGUGUUCUUGGACACCUGCAUCUGCUGCUGGAGAACUAUCCAAAAGCUCUGUCAGCCUAUCAGAGAUUCUUCCAUCUAAAACCUGACUACUGGAAGGACUCCACCUUCCUUUACGGUCUAGGCAUUGUCUACUUCCACUUCAGCGCUACCUCAUGGGCCAUCAAAACCUUCCAACAAGUAUUAUAUCAAGAUCCGGGCUUCAGCUGUGCCAAUGAGGUUCAUAUCCGCCUUGGGGUCAUAUUCAAACAGAACUCCGACUAUGACAGUAGCCUGAAACACUUCCGACUAGCACUGAAUGAUUCGAGUCCAUGUACACUAUCAAAAGCUGAAAUUCGAUUCCAUAUUGCACAUCUUUUCGAAACCACAGGCAAGUUCAAACAAGCGAAGGAGUCCUAUGAACAACUAUCUCAGGGAGACAGCAUAGCCAGUAAUGUGAAGGCCAAUGCCCUCAGGCAACUAGGGUGGAUCCACUUCAGCCAUGAACAGCUAGGAGAGAAAGCAACCAGAGAGCAGCAGGCCAUCCAGUAUCUGCAGAAGUCGUUAGAAAUCGACCCCACCAAUGGUCAAACCUGGUACUAUCUAGGACGGUGUUUCUCGAGCGCGGGCAAGGUACAUGAUGCUUUCGUCUCGUAUCGUCAUUCCAUUGACAAGACCGAGGCAAGCGCUGAUACCUGGUGCUCCAUAGGUGUUCUGUACCAGCAGCAGAACCAACCUAUGGAUGCACUGCAGGCGUAUAUAUGUGCCGUACAGUUAGAUAAAUCGCACGUAGCUGCCUGGACCGAUUUGGGAAUCCUCUACGAGAAUUGUAGCCAGCCAAAAGAUGCACUCACUUGCUAUGUAAACGCUAAGAAAAAUAACAAAGAACCUGCCAAGAACCCAAACACAGCCAUCCUAGCUUCCAGAGUCAAGUAUCUCAACCACCAGUUCAAUAAUAUUCCUGUUCAGAAUAAUCAACCCAAAACCAAGACCUUACCCGCAAUAGAAGAAGCUUGGUCGCUUCCGAUCCCGGCCGAGCUGACGUCACGUCAAGCCACGAGCUCCAUGUUACAACAGGUAUGGAGUUUGAAGAACAAAGGCGUUCUUGACAAAGCAAGAAUGGUCAAUCCGAACCAGAUCAAGAUGCAGCAGCAGCAACAGAAUAUGUUGACCAAUCAGCUUUCCGUUAAUCCUAAUAUGCCCGCAAAUUGUAUGAUGCCCAGCCCGCUUAGCCCGCAUCCGAUGGGCCAGAAUCAGUUCUCGCCCGGUCAGAUGUCGGACCAGCCUGCAGCUAAGAGACGAAAGAGCUCGAAUAAGAAGAGGGGAAGUGAUGGAGGGGAUACAUCGCCCUCCCAGCCUCCAGGCCCGCCGCCCCUCAACCCAGAACAGCUUAACAUGAUGCACUACCUGCAGCAGAACCAGAGCAACUUGAACCAGCAACAGCAGCAGUUACUGCAUCAUCUCCAGAAGCAGAAUUUCAUGCAUCAACAUUUCUUGCAGCAAAUGCAAAGGCAACAGCAGCAGCAGGGCAUGAUGUCACCUCAGGGCAUGCCAGGCAUGCAGAUGUCGAAUCAAAACAUGAACAUUCAUCCAGGAAAUAUUCAGGGAAAUCACCCGGGAAUCAAGCCCAAUCCUCCCUAUCCAUUACCGAUGCAUCCGAGUGGUGGAAACAUACCGCCCCCUAGUGGCAUGGGCAUGAACUUACCGAUGAAGUCGUCGCAACAGGGCCCGAUGGGCCACAAACUGGACAACGUGAAUCUUCAGCAGAUGAAUAUGGGACAAAAUGUGCCUUUUCCGCGUCCCGGGAUGGAAUUACCUCAGGUGUCGAACAUUCCAUUCAGCGGAACGCAAACCAAUAAUCUUCUAUCUCAGGGUAACAUGUCGUCAGCCAUCCAUUCACAUUCAUCAAACGAUCAUUCCUUUCCCGGCGUUGCCGACAACCAACAUUCGUCGGCCGGAGAUUUAUUAGGACUCCCGCGCGAUUUACAGAGCGUAAAUCCGGCGAAUAUGACAGACCAAGAACUCACCGCGCUAUUAACGCAAAAAGACAUUGCUUCGUCGUUAGCAGAUGAUUUAUUAGCGCAGUUUGAUCCUCCCGGACAUACAGAAAAACAUGCAGACGAUUUAAGCAAUAAUAGUUUAUCUAGUCAGACGGGCACAAUGACGUCGAGUGAUAGUAAUUUGAAUUUGAAUUUGAAUACUUUACAACGAUUGGAUAGUUUAUCGGAAUCAAAAGGUGAUAUGGACGAACAUAAGAUGCCGUUAUUCAAGGAGUUAUCGAUUAAUACGUCACUGACGUCCAGGAGUUCAGGAUCUCCGCCAUCGCCGAAGCUUUCAAUAAAUAUGUCAUCCAAGGAGCUUAUUGAGGCUUGUAAGGGAUUCGGUCAAAAUGGUAUCUGCAACACCAGUAUUCUAUCCGAUAAAUGUCCGCCGCCGAUGCCGCCUCCAAAACCAUACAGUACAUUACCCAAGGAUAAGCUCUAUCCACCAACGCCAAGCGUCUACUUGGAAAGUAAACGUGACGCGUUCUCACCGGAGUUGCAGCAAUACUGCCUGUCCCAGCCUGUAUCCGUGAUAAGAGGCCUGGCUGGUGCCCUCAAACUUGAUUUGAGUUUGUUCUCCACGAGAACUUUGGUGGAGGCGAAUGCAGAGCACCGGGUGGAAGUGCGGACGCAGCGCCAGCAAGCCCCGGAUGACAACCGGGAUCAGUUUGGUAACACGGUGUGGUACUGCGACAGCAGCCGAUCUCAUACUACGAUAGCGAAAUAUGCACAGUAUCAGGCCAUGUCCUUCCAAGACUCGCUACGGGAAGAGAUGGAGAAGAAUAGCGGGAAGACUGGCGGGCGGGAAUCCGACAGUGAUUCGGAUCGAGGGAAAGGAAAAAAGCCGAAGAAGUUGAUAAAAUUCGGAACAAACGUCGACCUCUCCGAUGAGAAAAAGUGGAAACCUCAGCUCCAGGAGUUGCACAAAUUACCCGUCUUUACGCGUGUGGUAUCGGCGGGUAAUAUGCUAAGUCACGUAGGCUAUACGAUCCUCGGUAUGAACUCGGUCCAGCUUUACAUGAAAGUACCCGGAUCACGGACGCCUGGGCACCAAGAGAAUAACAACUUGUGCUCGGUGAAUAUUAAUAUUGGACCGGGAGAUUGCGAGUGGUUUUCGGUGCCCGAGACGUACUGGGGAGCUAUUCAUCACCUGUGUGAGAAGUUCAAUAUCAACUAUCUGACUGGGUCAUGGUGGCCAAUGUUGGAGGAUUUGUACGAAGAGAAUAUACCAGUUUAUCGGUUCAUCCAGAAACCGGGCGACUUGGUGUGGGUCAACGCCGGAACUGUACAUUGGGUGCAGGCAAUAGGUUGGUGUAACAAUAUAGCGUGGAACGUAGGAUCCCUGACGGCCAAGCAGUACUUGAUGGCCGUGGACCGCUACGAAUGGAAUAAACUCCAAGGGGUCAAGUCGAUUGUGCCGGUUGCCCAUCUCUCGUGGAACAUUGUCAAGAAUGUUCGAAUCCCCGACCCAAAGCUCUAUGAGCUUUUGAAGUACUGCUUGAUGAGGACGCUUCGCCAGUGUCAGUACACGUUAAACUUUGUGCAGGCGAACGGCAAGGAGGUGAAGUGGCAUGGGAGGAAGAGAGAAGAGGUUGUACAUUACUGUAAUGACUGUGAGGCCGAAGUCUUCAACUUCUUGUUCGUGAAGGAACAAGAUAAGAAGUUUGUCGUUCACUGUCAGGGCUGUGCGAGGCGUAUCUCACCCACAUUGCAGGACAUUGUCGUCCUGCAGGAAUUCAGCAUGGAGGAGUUGUGCGAGACUUACGACAACUUUGUACACCAGUCCAUGACGGGUUCGUAGUGAAGGACGUUGUUGGUGUAAAUACCAUAAUGACCAGAUGUACAUAGCGAGGGCAGAAGAUGGCAAGCUGAUGUCAUCAUCCUACGCCAGGAUUACAGAAUCAUUUGUAUUUUAUUUAUUGUGCGUGACAGUGUACGCAGUGGUUACUGCAAUGGAUGCUGUGUGUACUCCAUUGGUUGCUGCGAUGGAUGCAUCCGUUUUACAAAUUCAGGGAUCAUAAUAGACCUUAUCUAUAUAAGGAAUAAAGGCUAAAUUUGCCACAUGGAAAGCUGUCGAUGAGUACUGUAGACCAUUCAAUUUCCACUGGCGUUUUAUUUUUCGCAGAUUUGCGAAUGACUUAGACACUCAAAGAUACAAAAAACACUUUUGAUACGAAAAUGCAAAAGAAAUUUUUAUAAUGUAAAAGACGUUUUUUGGAAAUUUUGGCGAAUCACAAAAAUAAAGAGGCAAUUACAGGUGGACAGUACUUUCUGAUGGUAUUCUUCUUAGUUUUGUAUGCUGUAUUUUGCGUAAAAUGAUAGGUUUUUUGAAUUUUCUCAAAAUAGUUCCAAGUCCGAGAUUAGGUCAUAUUGUCACGGCCAUCAAACGACAUCCAUGUUGGCGGAGACGGUCAUUUGUGGCCGUAGUGUCCGCAGAAGCUGUUACGUUAACCAAGUUUAAAGCAUCUUUAUUUAAACAACCUAUAAGUAUAUUAUUUGUGGGUAACAUACCUUCGGAAUGGCAAUAUGAUAUUAGAAUCCAGUGUGUUUAAGAACGAAUUGUCGCUAAAAUGUAUGAAUGAAAAUGUCAAUUUCUUGUGGGCGUGUUCCCAAAUUGACCGUGCUAUGUUAUACCAUAUGUUCAUUAUGUCCAAAGAAGCUCAAAAGUAUUUUAAUUGUCGCUAGAAAUGUGAACUCUAGUGAAAUAUAACAUUGUAAAGGAGCCACAAGUUCAUCUCAGGGUUCCUGUAUUACAUACAGGGGUUGUUACUUUGUCUCAGAAAUAAGGUGGGUCAGACUUGGCAGCUUGUGUGAAGGCUGGGUUGUGUGUGGGGUAGAUGGUUUAGCAGAUGUGUUGAGAAGAUCUCAAAUGGCAAGUACUUCUAAACCGAAUGAUUGAUCCUGAUGACCUACUAGUUGGGGGUGUAAGCCUCGUUAGUGGAAGGUCAGAGGUUCGAGUCUUUAUCCGAUGCGGUAGGUUCCCUGUAAGAUGUAAGGUACCAACUGCCUUCUCGUCAGGCAUCUGGCAUUAGAUUAAGAAGUAUGGAAGUAAAGAGUCUUAAAAGCCAAAAUAGCUGGCUCUUUCUUUUGGUUCUUUAUAGGGUGACACUAUCAUAAACAAACCUCACUUUAACAGGAUUUCUGGUAUUCAGAGCAAAACAAUACCAGAGAUGGACAAUUUUGAUGUAAAUAUGAAGAUUGGGGUCUCUCACUUCAGACAAUGGGGUCUUCCGUACUCUUCCCUGUGAUUUCUGUUGAGAAUGGACACUCUGCUUUCCAUUAAUGUUGUCUCUGAUCGUUAAAAACUAAAGGAGCAACCCCGUUUCAGUCAUAGAUUUGACCAACUUGGGCUCUGCACACCUGUCUAGUUGACCACCCAUGAAUUCCUAGCCUUCCUUCAAGUUGCCAUGGACUCACCUGGCAGCAGGACCAGGCACGUCGGAGAACUACAUCACGCCUGUUAUAACCAAAACGUUAAGUUUUCCACUUGUCAUUGUUUGUAUCAUUCAUAACGAUUGUAGUCCAUUGCGCAAAAAGAUAACGGCGUAUUCGAAUUCCUGCAGUUGCGUUGAAACUGACCUGAGAGCGAGUUUCAAAUGACGACAACCAACAUGCGAAUGAUCACAUGACAGGAACGACCCAAAACAAGAUGCAACAGGUUUGAUAUUUUACCCGUUUGAUACCACUAACCCCAGAACAGUACUCGCGUAUUACACAUGUGCAGGGAUUCGAAUACGCCAUGACUGUCUGACAUACGUAGAGUUUGAGAUAAUUUUAGUGUUGUUAAGGUGAUAACCCUUAUGUCUAUACACAAGCAUUAUGAAAUUACCAUUUUGUAAACCGGGAAAUUUUCUGAUGUGUUUUGGUGUUGCGUUUAUCCCGAUCUGUGAAAUUCGGGAAAAUAUAACGCUUGGAGAAACCGAAUCUAAUUGCCAAUACUAUUUUCAAAAUAUCCUGGCCAAAGUUGAGCUAUAAUGGCUGCUGAUAUUUCCCGGUUUGCAGUAUUUUCAAAAUGAUAGAGGCAACGAUGUCACUUUGGUCAGGGAUGGGAUGUACCUUGUGGUAUCUACUGAAUGUUUAACUGAGUUCCCACUGAAAAUUAGUGGCUGUCUUAAUGAAAUUCAUCUAAUAGAGUUUAAAUUCUCCAAGUUCUCCAACAAAAUGUUUUUCUGCAUUGCUUAAGUUGCAAAGAAGGAGUGUCGAGAGAUAAUUCCUGCAUUCUCAGCAGUUCACUAGAGGCAGUACUUUCAUCCCUGGUUCCGUUUGUUGAUGACGUCAGCUUGCCAGAACUUUAGAAUUGUUUAACGCCAAUAGAACAAUUCCGCCGAAAGCUUCAAACUGCCAUAUUUGAUACCGAAGUUUAUGUAUAUUGUUAAGUUCGUCCGAGUUGAUGAGAAUCCCUAGUGCAUUUUGACGAGAUUUUUUACGAUGUGUACCUGGUGUUGUCAUCAACGUGGGCCGAACCUCAUUUGGUACGAUAUAGUAUUUUGUACAUUAGAACUUUAUAUGACCGUUGACUUUGAAUUAGAUGAAAUAAAUGUAAUAAACUGUAUGCUAACAGUGGGUUAAUAGGUAUUGUAGUUCUGUGGGAUCACUUUGACCAUUCGAGGAGUGGCAACUUCUGUAAAAUUCAAAUUUCAAAUGCGCAUGUAUUGUAUUGACGUAUUGGUCUACACAACAGCAAUGUUGAAAUUUAUAUUCAGUGCAAAUUUGUGUAAUAUUUUGAACCAAAAAACCCUUCUUAACCUUUGAACAAA